AUGCCACAAAACGAGUAUAUCGAGCGUCAUCGCAAAUUGCACGGUCGCAGGCUCGAUUAUGAAGAGAGAAAGAGAAAACGUGAGGCCCGUGAGCCCCACAAGAGGGCGGAAACGGCCCGCAGUCUGCGCGGCAUAAAAGCGAAAUUGUUCAACAAGGAGCGUCGCAAUGAAAAGAUCCAAAUGAAAAAGAAAAUUAAGGCGCACGAAGAGAAGAAAACAAAGAAUGUUUCAGAAAAAGUCGCCGAGGGGGCUUUGCCUGUUUAUUUGUUAGACCGUGACGUCAAAUCUAGGGCUAAAGUACUUUCCAACAUGAUAAAACAAAAGAGGAAGGAAAAAGCUGGUAAAUGGGAUGUUCCAAUACCAAAAGUACGAGCACAAGCUGAUGCUGAAGUAUUGAAAAUUGUCAAGUCAGGAAAAACCAAAAGAAAGGCUUGGAAACGUAUGGUCACCAAAGUUACAUUUGUUGGUGAAGGUUUCACAAGAAAACCACCAAAAUUUGAAAGAUUCAUUCGCCCAAUGGCCUUACGUUUCAAAACAGCCCACGUUACACAUCCCGAACUUAAAGCCACCUUCCACCUGCCAAUUAUUGGUGUUAAGAAAAAUCCAAGUUCACCAAUGUUUACUAGUUUAGGGGUUAUUACUAAGGGUACAGUUAUAGAAGUUAAUAUUUCCGAAUUAGCUUUGGUAACUCAAACUGGUAAAGUUGUUUGGGGUAAAUACGCUCAAGUCACCAAUAAUCCUGAGAAUGAUGGUUGUAUAAACGCUGUUCUUUUAGUUUAA